AUGCCUUGCUUUGUGGAGAGAAUCCUUCCAGGGCAGGAGGGAGAGGUGAGACAGAGCGCAGAGGGCGGUUUGCUGCCAGCUGAAAGGAGUUUAUGCACUGAAACGACCUCAGGAAAAUCCAAGAUGGCCGCCAAAAGGAAAGGUGGCCUAAAACUCAAUGCUAUCUGUGCCAAGCUGAGCCGCAGGGGUGUUCGACAAGCAAGCUCCCAGAAUGCCGAGGGAGACCAGAGCGUGGCGGAGAACAGCGAGCGUGGCAGUUCCCACUACGAUGACAACGAGACCAACUUCCCCGAGAGCCUGAGCCUGAGUCAGAGCCUGGAGGAGGACCAGAAGAGACGCGAGGCCAUUGAGAAGUGGGUCAACGGCGAGUACGGCGAUGAGCCGCUGGCUCCCGAGGACGAGCAGGAGCACAAACUGAAAGUCAGCAAUGACGAAGACGGCCCCCCUGAGGGCGUGUACAUGGUACAGCCCAAAGGCUGCAGCGACGAGGAAGACAAUGCGGAGGAGGCCGAACCUGCGGCGGGGUCACAGGACGGCAGUUACCAAGAUGACAAAGAAACCGAAGAGAGGUCUUCAAAAGACGACGCCUACAUGCCGCCAAGCGAGCCCCAGAGUCGCCAAGCACCUUUCUCCUCUCCAGGAGAAGCCUCUGCCCUGCGAGACUAUGCAGCCAACACCAUGAAUGAGUUCUUAGGAAUGUUUGGUUAUGAUGACCAGCAGGUAAGGGAUGAGCUGACCAAGAAGCUCAGCUUUGAGAAACUCAAAGCCGCUACCUCAGACCCCUCAUCCCUGAGCAGUGAGGAGGCCUCACGGCGUGCCCGUUUCUCCAAGUAUGAAGAGUAUAUCCGCAAGCUAAAAGCCGGCGAGGCCCUACCCUGGCCCAUGCAUGCUUCCCCACCUAAACCAGAUGACCUCAACUCAAAACUGGCCCAAGAAAAGAGUGCUACCCUCCUCCCGCCUCCUGGAUGUCUACCAGGGGCCGAGGCACAGAUCUACCCAUCCAGCCUGGACCACAAACCACCAGUAGCACCUCAGCUGGUAAAUUCUCAGCCAACCAAUCCCUCUCACAUGCAGAACAUGGCCUCCCGAACAUCUAAGUAUGAUUUCUUCAUUCAGAAGCUGAAGAUGGGUCAAAGUUUAGAGCAGCAGAACGGUAAUACGUACAAGCGUCCCUCUAAGUAUGACCUGGAAAACGUGAAGUACCUGCACCUCUUCAAGCCCGGCGAGGGCAACCCCGACAUGGGCGGCGCCAUCGCCUUUAAGACUGGUAAAGUGGGUCGCCCUUCGAAGUACGACAUCAGACCAAUUCAGAAGCUGAUGCAGGGAAACCCCGAGGCGUCGCUGAUGCCCAACAUCCUCGCAACAGCGCCUGGGAAUCCGGGAGCUCCCGGUGUCCCCACCGUAGGUGCAGCUGGAGCCAGCAUUGCCCCUGGGCUUACGAUGGACCAGGCGGGUAAUUUGAGUUUCAACGCCUCCGACUACCUGAAGUCCAGCUUUUCCAAGACUGACUCCAUCACCACGGGCACCGUGUCCUCUGUCAAGAAUGGUCUGCCACCAGAUAAACCCCCCAGCGACGACGUCAACCUCUACCAGAAAUAUAUUGCCAGGUUCUCGGGCAGUCAACACUGUGGACACGUGCACUGUGCCUACCAGUACAGAGAGCAUUACCACUGCAUGGACCCUGAGUGCAACUACCAGAGGUUUACCAGUAAGCAGGAUGUAAUCAGGCACUACAACAUGCACAAGAAGAGGGACAACUCCCUGCAGCAUGGCUUCAUGCGCUUCAGCCCUCUGGACGACUGCAGCGUCUACUACCAUGGCUGCCACCUCAAUGGAAAAAGCACCCAUUACCACUGCAUGCAGGUGGGGUGCAGCAAGGUGUACACCAGCACCUCAGAUGUCAUGACCCAUGAAAACUUCCAUAAAAAGAACGCCCAGCUGAUCAACGAUGGCUUCCAGAGAUUCCGUGCCACUGAGGACUGUGGCACAGUGGGGUGUCAGUUCUACGGGCAGAAGACCACUCACUUCCACUGCAGACGCCCCGGCUGCACAUUCACCUUCAAGAACAAAUGUGACAUUGAGAAGCACAAAAGCUACCACAUUAAGGAUGACGCUUAUGCCAAAGAUGGCUUCAAGAAGUUUUAUAAAUACGAGGAAUGCAAGUACGAGGGCUGCGUGUACAGCAAGGCCACCAACCACUUCCACUGUAUCCGCUCAGGCUGCGGCUUCACUUUUACCUCCACGAGCCAGAUGACCUCCCACAAGCGCAAACACGAGCGCCGGCACAUCCGCUCCUCCGGCGUCAUGGGCCUCUCUUCGACUUUCCUGGCCGCGAAGGACGAGCCGGAGGAGUCGAGCAACGAUGACCUGAUAGACUUCUCGGCCAUAAGCAGCAAGAACUCCAGCCUGAGUGCCUCGCCGACGACCCAACAGUCCGCCACCGGACCGCACCUGUUGGCCACGCCCACCACCGCCGUCUCCUCCUCCUCUUCGUCCGGCCACACCCUCAAGCCCACCACCUCGCUGCCCAGCGCGGGCCAACGUAUGUCCAGCCUCCUGUCUCAGGCCCUGCCCAGCAACAUGCCGGUCGCCCUCGCGCUCUCCAACAGCGCCCUGGCUACCUCCAACCCCUUCUUCCCCCUCAUGCCCAGGCUGCCCCUCCAGCCUCCUCCACCGGCCGCUGGUCUCAUUUCAGCCGCCUCCUCCGGGGCUCACUCCAUGCCCACCGACUCUCUGACCCAGGGCUGCUCCACGGUGGGGGCGGACGGGGCCAUGGCGUCCACCCCGACCUCCUUUGCGCCCUCCUCCAUCAUGGAGAAGAUCUCUGCUAGCAAAGGGCUGAUAUCCCCCAUGAUGGCCAGGCUGGCGGCCGCCGCGCUGAAGCCCUCCAACAGUCCAGACACAGGGAACGGGCAGCCGGCUUCAGCCAGCCAGUUCAGUCUGGUUCAAGUGAAGCAGGAGCCGGCGGACGCCAACUCGGGGGCCUCCCAAGACUCUGCACAGGAGCACAGCCUGGACCUGAGCAAGAAAGACCACAGUAAUGAAUCAAACGGACACCCCGUACCAGGGAAUACAUCUCUUUUAUCCUCGCUUAUGAAUAAGAUGUCACAGGUGAACCCUGCCCUCUUCAGCGCCAUGAACCUGAAGACUGAGCUGGAGGCGGGCCAGGGCGGCGACACCUCGGAGCAUCUGAGCAGAGUGCUGAAGAAGCCACUGCCAGAAAAAUCCACUGAGAUCUGGAGGACAUACCUCCGCAGGUUUGACACUGAUGACUUCUGUGAGGCUCAGUGUGAUUUCCUACAGAAGGUUCACUUUCACUGCCUGGUAGAAGAUUGCGGCGCACUCUUCAGCACUGUGGACGGGGCCAUAAAGCAUGCUAACUUCCACCUCCGAGCAACCAUGAAAGUCAAAUCUGAGUCUCCCUUCGGCGAGGGCAAAGAGUCGGGCGAAGGAGCCCCGCUGCAGCCCGUGGCCCCCGUCUCGAUGGCCAACAACCCCUCCAUGGACGUGGCACACCUGACCUCCUCCGGGGGCUACAGCUCUCCUCCUCCCUCCCUGCUGGCCUGGAAGCAGCUGACUGGCAGCAUCCCUCAGAUGCCCGCCUCCAUGCCCAACCUGCCCGCCAACUCACCUGUGGCCACCACGUCUCUGGAGAACGCUAAACCACAAGUCAAACCCGGUUUCCUGCAAUUCCAGGAAAAUGAUCCCUGCUUGGCUACUGACUGUAAGUACUCCAACAAGUUCCACUUCCACUGCUUGUUUGGAAACUGCAAGUACGUGUGCAAGACCUCCGGAAAGGCCGAGUCCCACUGCUUGGACCACAUCAACCCCAACAACAACCUAGUGAACGUCCGCGACCAGUUCUCCUACUACUCUCUGCAGUGUCUGUGUCCCAACCAGCACUGCGAGUUCCGAAUGAGGGGCCACUAUCACUGUCUGCGGCCCGGCUGCUUCUUCGUCACUAACAUCACCACCAAGCUGCCGUGGCACAUCAAGAAGCACGAGAAGGCAGAGCGCCGCGCCGCCAACGGCUUCAAAUACUUCACUAAGAGAGAGGAGUGCGGCAGGCUGGGCUGCAAGUACAAUCAAGUCAACAGCCACUUCCACUGCAUCCGCGAGGGUUGCCAGUUCUCCUUCCUGCUCAAGCACCAGAUGACCUCUCACGCACGCAAACACAUGCGGCGAAUGCUGGGGAAGAACUUCGACAGAGUCCCGUCGCAGGUCAUGUCGCUCGGCCAGAGGCGAGGUGAGAUGCACCACUCGUCCGGCUUGGCGUCCGGGCAUCUCGCCGCCCAGCACGGCCUCGGCUCCAACUUCUCCUCCACCGGCAUGGACGAGACCGACGACUACAUGGACUACAUGGGGGGAGGGGGCAGCCCCCUGGGCCUCUCCUCGGAGUCCUCCAACCAGGACCGAAGCUGCACCAGCACCCCCGUGGGCAACGACAGCUCUCCGGCAGGACAAGGCUGCCCCGCCACCACUUCUGCUCCUACCACCCCUGCUGACACUAGCGCAACCCAAAACGCACCUCCUUCUUCCUCUCCUCCGGCCCAUCCCCCUCCCUCCCAUCAUCCUCCUCCUCCACCGCCACCUCCUCUCUCCGCUCCUCAGCCCGGCCUCCAGUCCCAAGCUCCAUCCCUCUCUCCCGCUCUCCUCCGACCUCCUCUCCCCUCACUCCCAUACCUCCUCUCUCCAUCCUGUCUGUCAUACUCUCUGCUCAGCGCCUCUCUGGGAGCCACUCGGAGUGUUGUCAUGCCAACCAACACACCAGCUUUCAGCCCCAUCAUUGCCACACCGUCUCCGGUUAAAAAUGACGUCCCUAUAGUGCAGGAUGCUGCAGGCAACACCAUCUCCAUUCCGACGGCCACCGGCGCAAAGAAGCGCUUCUGGAUCAUCGAGGACAUGUCGCCGUUUGGCAAGCGGCGCAAGACGGCGUCGUCCCGAAAGAUGCUGGACGAGGGGAUGAUGCUGGAGGGCUUCCGCCGCUACGACCUCUACGAGAACUGCAAGGACUCCAGCUGCCAGUUCUCCCUGAAGGUCACCCACUACCACUGCACCCGGGAGAACUGCGGCUACAAGUUCUGCGGCCGAACCCACAUGUACAAGCACGCGCAGCACCACGACCGCGUGGACAACCUGGUCCUGGACGACUUCAAGCGCUUCAAGUCCUCGCUCAGCUGCAACUUCCCCGACUGCCAGUUCUCGGGCAACAGCACCCACUUCCACUGCCUGCGCUGCGGCUUCCGCUGCACCGACAGCACCAAGGUGACGGCCCACCGCAAGCACCACGGCAAGCAAGACGUGAUCAGCGCCGCCGGCUUCUGCCAGUUCAGCUCCAGCGCCGACUGCGAGGUCCCCGACUGCAAAUAUAAGCUCAAGUGCUCGCACUUCCACUGCACCUUCCCCGAGUGCAAACACACGGUGGUGGGCAUGUCCCAGAUGGACUCCCACAAGAGGAAGCACGAGAAGCAGGAGCGCGGCGAGCUGCCGUCCGUGUCGCCCAAGCAGGAGAGCGCGCACCUCCUGGGAGGCGGCGUGGCGGCCGUCCCGCCGUCCUCCAUGGGCCUGUCCACCGCCUCCCCCGCGGGGCUCCACGGCUUGUCCCACAGCAUCAACAGCAGCGCCGCCUCCAUGCUCUACCAGACGGGCGGCAUGGCGUCUGACUAUAACCACUCGUACCCGCCGUCCUCCAUCAGCCUGGACGGCUCCCUCAACCUGGGCACCGACACCAGCAGCUCGCUGUUCUUCCUGAAGAACGCGGCCGGCCUCGGCCUCAGCGACUCGCUGGACCUCAGCAAGAAGAUGCAGCACGACGCGGCGCGGCCGGCCCACGACGGCGCCGCCGCCGCCGCCCCGCCACUGGGCCCGCCGGCCGCCCAGGACGACACCACCGGCACGUCCGGGGAGGCCGAAGACGACAUGUCGCCGGAGGAGGAGGCGCACGUGGAGGAGGAGGACGAGGACGAAGAGGACGAGGAGGAGGAGGAGCCCGAGGACGAGCUCAACUCCGACUCCAACGACGACUCGGCGGCGGAGCCCGAAGGCGAGAAGGACAAUGGCGUGAGCUUCGAUGCUUCCGUUAACCACACUGAUACUUCCCAACUGGAAAAACAAGACGCUGACCCGUGAAAAUAAACACACAUGAACAAAAAAAAAAAACAUUGAGAAAACAGAGACUGUAGGAACUGCAGAAACAUCCUGUGUACUAUGAAUAAACAAAAAUGAAAGUGGCCUCAUUUAUCAUGUUCAGAGACUUCAGAUGACAACGAAAAAAACAACAGCGUGGAGAAAAUGACGGCCCGAAAUGAUUUAUUAUGAUGUUUACAAGAUGACCAACAUUAUUAAUUCAAUUAUGCAUUAAAAAAUAUGAACGGAGACACACAGAGUUAGGCCCUGUUUUACACGUUAAGGGCAGCAAUGUAAAGCAUUUUACUACACAUCAGUCUUUUUGUGUGCGUGCAUGUUUGACUUUAAUUUAUUUUUAUUUUAUUUUUUUUUUUCCACUUUUUUGUGUGUGAAAAAAAAACACGUUGGAAAAACAAAAACAAAUCUCUCUAUAUAACUAUAUAUGUCAGUGUGUGUGGGUGUGCGUGGAUGUGUGUGUGUGUGUGUGAGAGAGAGAGAGACAAUAUUCAAAAGGAAAUUGCUGGCACAGGCGAAACGCAGGGCCGUGGAUACAGAGAAAAAAAAGGGACAUGAAUCAAUAAGGAGGGGAUGUGUUUCAAACCUGUGAUGAUUUUUUCUGUAUUAUUAUUAUUAUUAUUAUUGAUUAAUUAUGGUUGUGAGACGGUGAGAGAAGGGAGUCACACGCCGCGUGUUUCCCGCUCUCAGUGACACCAGGUGUCGACCAGGAACCGUCGGGUCAGUCUCAUGCAGUUGGGCGUCCGGCCGCUCGCCUCCACAGGUUUCCUCUGACAUUCUGAUCGAAAAAAGAAAAAAAAAAAAAAAAAAAACCUCUUUAACUAGCACCAAAACCAAGCUAAGACGGCCCUCCUGCCCCACACGCCUGUGGAGGGGCGGAGCUUGUU